AAGUGCAUCACCCUGUGAGGUGAUACAGAAUGGCACAUGUACUGCCUUCUUUCCUUUUGCUAAGCUAAGAGUAGGGCAUUUGGGUAGUGUUGUGACAGCACUAUAACCCGUGGGUUUAUUUCUGUCUCUUUUUCUUGCUUUUAUUCUCUCUUCAUCUUCCUUUCUCUUUCCCAAUUUGUCUUUCUCCACAAGAACCCCAUACAUAUAUCCUUGCCUACUUUUCCUGAUCCUCUCAUUAUCCAUUCAGCUAUUCUAGUCCUGCUUCAAGACAGUGCCACUGCCCUCUCAUAUAAACCCCAAGCUGGCUUUGUAAGGAGGAAUUAAUAGUAGACAAAUAUAAACCCAGAGAUGUCUAAAGCCAACUUGAUAUGCACUGGUCACUCCUUCAGUAAUCUUAAAUGCUCACUGUCUUCUGUUUCAGGUUGGAAAUUAAGCCCGGUAGUUGGAGCUGUAUAUGGCCCCGAAUUAUAUGCAGCAUCCAGCUUUCAAGCAGAUGUGUCCCUGGGCAAUGAUGCAGCAGUGCCCCUAUCAGGAAGAGGGGGUAUCAACACUUACAUUCCUUUAAUCAGUCUCCCUUUAGUUCCUGGCUUCCCUUACCCAACUGCAGCCACCACAGCGGCUGCUUUCAGAGGAGCCCAUCUUAGGGGCAGAGGGCGAACAGUAUAUGGUGCAGUUCGAGCGGUACCUCCUACAGCCAUCCCCGCCUAUCCAGGGUAAGCAUUACAUUCCAAAAUCAUUAUGUGC